CAGUUUCAUGAAGUUAAGACAGUUAAGGAAGACAACUGGAGAUGUGAUAAAGAUACCAGCUCUACCAGAGGUUGCUCAAGUACACAUUAGAGAACAAACAACUAGUGACACAAUCUACAAGACAACAAAUGUGACCAUUGAUGGCACAGACUAUGUCUGUGGAAUGUUUCUGUCUGUAGGAGUCAGUGGUGGACUGUCGACAUUUGGCAAAAUAGAAGAGAUCUUUCUUGUGAAUCACAACGUAUCUUUUCUGUGUUGUGAUUAUGACUCCUGGUAUGUAGAACAUCUACGGUCCUAUGAGCUGUCAACUGCAGACAUAAGCCUGUCGAUCCACCUGCAGUCUGGUCUGAAUGAUACAGUCCCUCUCUGCAUACAAGAUAGACGGCUCGCUGCUGCUGACCCCCAAGCGGUUCAUUCAAGUGAGACAGAACUGAGUUCAGCACAAUGGCAGCUGCAUCCCCACAACCAAUGAUUCUUCGUGUUGUUGAGCCAGACCAGGCUAGAAAAUUAAAAACUCAGCUCACGACCAACCUCUGUUGAUGCACUGAUCAACAUUAUAAAAGAACAGCUGGAAAUCAACCUUGACUUCGAUUUGCUUUACGAAGAUCCAGACUUUGAAGGGAAACUUACUUCCCUUACAGACAUUGAGGAAUUGCCACAAAAAGCUGUUGUGCACAUCUCACUUUCACAAGACUCCAGCUCUAUUGCAUCUACUGUUCUACUUUCAGAUGUGUCAUCUCCAGAGCGUCUCAGCAGGUGGCCUCCAGGUCCUUUCCCUGUUCCCACAUUUGCAUUUGAUGUUGAACUAAAACUUAGAGAUGGAAAUGCGGAAUAUAAGAAGAACAACACGCACCUUAAGUUGACAAGAGACCUAAAGCACGACAUUUUAGAAAAGCUUGCAUCUACUAUAUAUGGUUUUAAGGCUUACCCAAGUGAUAAAGAGAUUGCAAAGGCUGCUGAGGCUCUUGUAGCCAAACAUCCCUGCUUGAAGGAAGCAGGAUCUGAGACUGGCUGGAAUGGAUGGAAAAACUCCAUCAAGUUUAAGAUGGGCAAUUUCAGGAACAAGAUGAGACGGGCUGGAUGUCAGGAGGUCACUGUUAAUGCUGGAAAAAGAAGUAGAAGUUAUCCUGAAAAUGAAUCUUCACAUUCCAACAUUAAAAGACCCAAGCGAGCAGAAGUCAACUUCCUACCAAACUUUCCCCAAGGAAAGGAUCCUUCAAGCCUUGAGCAGUUGAGGCAGACAAUUGUUGAAGAAGUCAAGAAGACUGAGAAGAACCUGCCCCUCAUUAGAAAGAUGAUGGAGACCACAUUUCCCCUACGCCGACAGACCAUAGUGAUGUCCUGCCCACCAGUGAACGAGCUCAUGGACCUCUGGCCUGCUCUCAAAAUAGAGUCUGAGUUGUAUGCAGAGUUCCAGCGGAUUACGAAUCAGAACCUGCCCAACACAUUCUAUGCUGAGCUUGACCGCCAUCUUCCUCGACUGAUGACCUUAUUCAGACAGAAGGCAUCAAAAACUGGAAAGACAGCAGAUGCUCUGGCUGAAAUUUUAAAAAUCCACGAUGAACUGGAAAUCCAUGACAUCCACACCAAGCGCAUUACUGUUCUCCACGCCCUUCCAGUGUAUCUGCACGAGGACGUUUCUGGAUUUUUCAGAACCUGCACAGACGAGUCUGAUGAGCUGGAGCUUGAUGGCGUUGCAGUGGCCCUCCUUACGGUCAUCAGUGACAAUGACACACGUCCAGUUCACCACCACCCUGUGAGAAUCUCUGUAAUCAUUGAAAGUGAUGCCGUGGUCAGCCUCCCCAGACUUAGCGAUGCCUUCCUGGUAAUCUUUGGACUGAUAUAUGCACUACACCUCAGCUACCCCAAAGCACUGACCAACACUUUUGAAUUCACUGAAAAGAUUUUACUUGGUCUAGAAAGUGGUAAACUGUCACCCAGGUUGGAGACCCUCAAGAAUGACUUGUUGAUGUAA